GAUGCAAAAGUCAUGUCAUGGUGGGAUUAUGGCUACCAGAUUACAGCUAUGGCAAAUCGGACAAUUUUAGUGGACAAUAAUACAUGGAAUAAUACCCAUAUUUCUCGAGUAGGGCAGGUAAGUCUCUUCUUUUUUCCUCUAGAUAUCAACAAGUUUCUUUGGAUGGUCCGGAUUGGAGGGAGCACAGAUACAGGCAAACAUAUCAAAGAGAAUGACUAUUAUACUCCAACUGGAGAGUUCCGUGUGGACCGAGAGGGGUCUCCAGUAUUGCUCAACUGCCUCAUGUAUAAGAUGUGUUACUACCGCUUUGGUCAGGUCUACACAGAAGCCAAGCGUCCGCCAGGCUUUGAUCGUGUUCGAAAUGCUGAGAUUGGGAAUAAAGAUUUUGAGCUUGAUGUCCUGGAAGAAGCAUAUACCACAGAACAUUGGCUGGUGAGGAUAUAUAAG